UGAUUGGAGGCAGGCGGGUCACGUGUGAGCCUGGGCGGGGCAAAUCGGCGAAGGGUCCGCCACCCGCUGCUGCUGCCGCCACCAUGUUCAGGAUGGAGGCGCUUGGCCCGAAGAUGGAUCCGGAGGAACUGCGCAAGAAGAUGCGGGCGGACGUGCUGCGCUCGCUCCGCAAUUUCCUAAUUUACGUGGCCGUACUGCGGGCGACUCCAUUUGUCCUAAGUAAACUGGAUAGUAUAUGAAGUUCAGUGAAACCAACGUACUGCAGGACAAUAGUCAAGCCAAACUUCAUGCUUGUUGCUACAAGAUGAUAAACUGAAUGUGGACAAUUGGAAAUCUUAUUGCUACUAAGGAAUGGAUCUUUUAAACUACAGGAUAAAGUGUCAACUCUCAACAUAUUGAAAACGUCUACCUGUGCUACUGGAUUAAUUGUUUUGUUGUGCUUCUCUUACAUUGAGUAAUCUACCACUUUAUUUUGUACAAAGCCUUCUGUAAUUGUUUUGUCACAGAUCCCCUCCUGUAUCAGUAUGCAAAACAAACCUGUUUGUACACACAUGGACGUCUGUCCAGAGUUUGAAUCUGAUCCGAAGUGCAGCUGGAUAGAAAUCAGCUGAGUUUCCUCAACAUCAGCAAAUACUGCAAUUCUUUCUCUAUAGUGAUUCUGAGAAACAUAACUGAAUUUUAUGAAUCAUUAAGGGAGCACAGAAUGUCUUGGAAAUACUUGAGGAAAUUCAGCUGGCCUGACAGCACCUGUGGAGAGAGAGUUAACAUUUCAAGUCUGUUGUGACUCCUUUUCAGAACUGAGUUCUGAGCUUUUUCUCUCCAGUAUUGUUUCAGCUUUUCAGCAUCCUACAGAGUUUCAGUCAUUGCAAAUGUUUGUCAUGUCUCUGGUCUUAAGAGGUGCACUGUCAGAAGUGAUAUGGAAUAAUGAUACUUUCCCAGCUGUGAUUUGAGUUGUUUUCUACUGGAUUUGCUUUAAGUGGUUUUGUAUGAAAAUUAAUGCAUUUUAUUAUUAAUUAAAAGAAUCAGUAACUAUUCAUCUCCUGAA